AUGUCGAUUUAUGGGUUUGGUGUGCGUGCCUACAUCCAUGAAGCAUCCAUCCGCAGAAUCCCAGCAGGUGUUUCCAGAGGCCUUUUUCGCUCCAGGGGUAACCACGGGACUUUGACUCAUCCCCUUGCGCCUGUUGAACAUGUGAUAUUUGAGAAACUGAUUGAUUUCGGAAAGACGCUUAAGUGCCUUGUGGACGAAGAGCUAAAGUCGUUCGAACAGGCCUGUGCCGCCAUGCCGCAGACGCUGGAACGCAUUCUGAAGAAGACGCGGCAGACGCUGCUCCUGCUGCCGGGCGAGCAAAUGUGGGCUUUGUCGCCCGACCAGCAAAAACUGCUGCGCACGCUCGCCAGCGUCUUCACUGGAGCCGACGACCCGAUUGCUGCAGACGAGGCCCUGGCGAACGCACUCGCGCCCCAAGCCCUUGAGAGACCACAGACCACGAAGCCUGGCGACUUACUUGAUUACUUUCUCACGUGCAUCGACAGCGCUGGCGUCGCGGUAUUCGACGCGUUGGACACCCUCUGGCUUUCCGCGCCGCAGCACGGCGAGGAUUCGGUCGCGGAUCGCGUGAUUGCAAAGUUGGAGGCACUUCUGAGCGACGCCGACUCCUUCGACGAGAGCGGAGACACGUUGUUCGUCUUGUACGACACGCUGUUUGCGGAGCGUCUGUAUCAAGAAGAGCGGCUCGAGGGCGAGUGCCACCGCCUGCAGGCGCUGUUUGCAGGGCCGCACCAGAAGCUCCGCGACACAGUCCAGACUCUCGGCGUGCUCCCGGCCAAGCAUGCCGAAGCAUGGUUCGACCUGAGGGACCUCCAGCUCAGGGGCCUUCUUGACUUUGAGGCGGAUGCGGUUCGAAAGAUCGUCUUGGCCGCAGUCAGUGGCGUGAAGAGCGGGAAAGCGGUGAUCGACGACAACAUGCUGACAACGACCGUCGAAAUGGACCAGUUGGACAGUCGCGCGUUUUUGUCUGCGCUUUUGGCGUCGUCUCGUAAGAGUCUCUCCGAAGAAAUUCGGCUCGAGCGGGAUGCCUUCGUGAAAAAGAUGCGACAGCUCCUGAAGAGCCAGGAAGCGGCUUUCAAAGAGUUGCUGACUGAGCAGGAGGGCGCCUACAGGGCGGCAGCUGACGCGCGAAGAAGCGCAUGCAAAGCACUCCUGCAAACCAAGCACGCCGAGGAGAAAUUGAGACUUUCGCGCUGGAGCGCGGCCUUGGUCAAGGCAGUCAGGGAGGCGGGAGAACUGCAGGCGCGUACCCAUUCCGAGGCAAAAGGAAACGCGGAGGGAAGACAACACCGAAUCAGCGGAACGGCGCGGGCUGUGACAGAUUGCAUCACCCGCGCCCUCGAACAGCGAUCCCAAAUGGAGGCAGACAGGGCGAGGCUCGAGAAUCAGAUGGCGGAAGCCGCGUACAAAAGCUCUGUUGAUAUACACGUCGCCCAGCUUGACUUCCUGGGUGAGCACGCGGAACUCGAGCUGAAGCAGAUGGAGGCCUUCCUCCUCGAGGACAUUGAAGUGCACGGAGACAUUGCGGUCGAGCUAGGCCAGAAGUGCCUCGAAGCCGCCGUGAUGGCCAGCGCCGCGGGCGCCAGGCGCAAACCGGCAGGGGAGGAAUCUGGGAAGAAGCAGGCACACGGAGACGCCGCCGAACCGCACUGCGACGGCUGGAACCAGGCAGCCAUAGCGAUGGCGCUCCAGGCUGUGCAGGCCAAACUCGAGAAGAACCGCGCGUCUAGGCGUCAUCAUAAAGACCAACUCGUGUCCAAGACGAGAGCAGCAUCGGAUGCGCUCACGGUCUGUGUAUCAACCAAGCACGACAUGCUCACGCAAGCCAUGGAGGAGCUCCAGGGACGCACCUUCAGGCUCGUCCUCAGUGAGCUUGAGACCCGAGACGACGUGUGGAAGACAGCCCUUUCUGCGGCGGGCAGAUCCGCGGUUUACGACGAAGGGAGGAAAGGAGCGGAAGAGGAGUUGCUGCGACGCACGGAAAUUCAAAAAACGGCGGAUGCCGAAUGGGACCUUGAGAAGGCGCAGCUUCUCCAGGAGUUCCUCGAAAAGAGCUCGCAGUCGCGGCUGCGGACUGUCACACGGCUCCGGCAGGCCCUGUUGCAGACGCGGCUGAAGGCGUGGGAGCGCAUGGCCGUCGGCGGCGGCUUUCUAGACGAAGGCCGUGCGCUCGAGUGCUGGCGCGACGUGAUGGAUCCCAGCACACACCAAGACGACGGCCUCGUAGCCAUUCGCGAACAGCGGCGGCACGCCGCGGAGAGGUACGCCACGCGAGUCCGCAAGAUGUCGACGCGCGAGGAGAAACGCCGAGCUCUCCAGAGGGACGCCCUCUUGCAGGCGGCGUUCCUUGUGACUCAGCCUCGAAGUGUGACCGGGAAGGGGACGAGCAUGGCGGGCGGCGCGCUGCAGAGCGCAGCAGAGAUGCUCGCUCAGAAGAAACUCGAAGACGAACUCUUGCAGAAGCGGCGAGUCCUGCAAGAGGACCUCAGGCGCGACUUAAACGCAAUUGAUGAAUCGCUUAGGCUCCUGGAUCAACCCGGCAAGUGGUGUGGCCCACAAGCCUCCGACACAGAUUUCGGCGAGGAGACGGCGGACUGCGCCUCAGCGAAUGGACACAAGGACGACGCUCCAAGUCGGAUCGCGCAGGCGCGCGAGCAGCGCCGCAAACACCUUCAAACUCGACGAGUGCAGGCUGUCCAGGACUUCAAGAAGCUCGAGAAAAAUCUUGAGUGGGAGUGCCGCGCACGCACAGUGGAGGUCCGUCAUGAGAUCCUUCAGAAAAUCACAGACUUCGCAAACGAAGUGGAGACCAGCGCCCACCAGCUUGACAACAUUGCCGCUGAAAUCGCCAAGGACCUGACGAUCAAGUACGAGGAGGAACUCAGGCAGCUCAGGCAGGUGACUGCUGCAACUUCUCCUCGGCCUCCCAAGGCCCAGAGCUCACGUGGUGACAUCGUCGUCGAGCAAGGGGAGUCUAGCGCCCUCAGCCCGCCCGAGAUUGACAUCGAGCAGCAGGCGCGACAGCUGGCCAUGACGCGCUGUCAGCGUUUAAUUCUCCGUCUGAAGCGGCUAGAGGAAAAGGGCAGCAAAAUGGCGCGGAGUCUUUCCGAGGAAGCCUCUGCAGAACUUCGGCGCUUGCAGGAAAAACAGAGAGACUGCGAAGCCGAGAAGCGCGUGCAACUUGAGCGGGAGCUCGCAGAGCACGAGAAGGAGAAGGAUGAAGCGGAACGGCGGUUGGCCGAGUCCCUGGAGCUUCUUCACCGAGAAUGGGAAGAUCGGCUGGAGAGGGAAGAAGAGGAGGGCCGCGCCCGACUGCGGGCGCUUCAGGAUAAUGCGCGGCGGGAGGCAGGGCGGAAGCUAGACGACCAAAACCUCGGGCGAAUGAAACAAGAAAUCUUCGAGAUGCACCGCACAGACGCCGCCCGAUUCGACGAGGCACUAGGCGCUGAGUACUGGAAACAAAUGAACGGCUUGAAGGAGCGCCUGCGGGCGAAGAUGCUCGCCAGAAAGCGGCGCAUGAUUUCCGCCGCACAGGAACAGCUGACUCUCCAGGGCAAUCGGCUGAGGGAGGCUAAGAGUGCGUUUGUCGCGAAGCAAGAGGCUGUUAGCUUCUACACGCCUGACCGCCAGCGCGAGGUCGUGCUGCGGGUUGGGCGCGCCUGGCGAGAUGAAGCCAGUCGCCGCGCCGCACAAAGAGAGGCUCAGCUCGACGCAGAAAGAGCGACGGCUCAAGAAGACCCUCUCCCCGCUGACGUGCCUCCGCUGCAGAAGCUCUCCACCUCAACACUCGACAAGCGUCUAGCAAUGCUGCGACAGGCUAUAGAAAAAACAAUCGCGGAGAUUCACGGCACUGUAGAGUCUGUGACCAACGCGGGCUGCCGCCGAAGCACUGCCCGACGCGCAACUGUCAAGGAAUUCGACACACUCGACGAGGCAACAAACCAAAUCAGCCAACUCCUUGGAACGCUAGCGAAGCUCAACGGGGUCUAUUCAUCGCUAGCCCAUCACUGA